AUGCUUCCAGCACAUCCCAGCCUGCUUCACCCGCGUGUCUCUCCUCAUCGCGGGGAAGCCUGUCGUUUGGCUCAACAUAUGGGCCACUGGCGAUUCAUGGCCAAUAUCAGGCCCCGUUUCUUCUACAGGUGCCGCAAUAUCAACGAUAAGCCCUAUCAACAGCAAAAUAUCAUCUCACGCCGCCCGGGAGCAGUCCUCAGCCCCCGCCAUGCCGCUUCUGUUAAGGUACUUCGCCACCGUAGCACAGAAAGAGUGAUGGAGGAGAGGCUCCGGUGCCGUCGUUGA